ACACCUUCACUGAAAGCCCAGAGUGGGUGUUAACUGGCCCAGCACAGUACAUCCCAAAUCCUCCUUCGCUGCUGCUAAAGAGGAACGAGCCCCCCGGCCACCUUUUACUCAGGGGGCAGAGCCCCCGGGAGCCCAAUGAGAGCCGGACCACCGUCCUCCUGGAGCCCUUUGUCCAUCAGGUGGGCGGCCACAUGAGCAUGAUGAAGUACGACGAGCACACAGUCUGCAAGCCCCUGGUCUCGCAGGAGCUGAGCUUCUACGAGUCGCUGCCCUUGGCCAUGAGGCAGUUCACACCCCAGUACAAAGGUGUUGUUUCCGUGCACCUCAAAAAGGACAGCCUCGGCAACCUGACCCUGAUGGCCAGCCCCAGCCUGCAGACGGAGAGCUGCGGCCGGCUGGAUAACGCCAUCGGCGACUCCUCGGUGACAAUAUGGCACAAGUGCAAGUGGGCUGCCAGCACCGGCAGCGAGCACACGCUCGUCAAGUGGAGUCACACACAACUCACCAAAACCUUCAAAGACAGCUGCCCGGGGAAGAUGCUAUUGAGGACAGACCUUCAGUACCACACAGAUUCACUUUUGGAAGAUGCAAACGGAAACCAGCCAGAAAGAAAGAGCUACAACCCCUGGGGACUUCACUGUCACAGGCAGCACCUGAACCGCAUGUCCUCCAAGCAUAAUGAGAACAAACUUCAUCAGUUUCUAUUGCUUGAAAAUGUGGUCUCUAAAUACAACUAUCCCUGCAUCCUGGACUUGAAGAUGGGAACCCGGCAGCACGGUGAUGAUGCCUCAGAGGAGAAGAAAGCCCGGCACAUCAAGAAGUGUGAACAGAGCACUUCUGCAUCAUUGGGAGUUCGCAUCUGUGGGAUGCAGGUUUACCAAGCGGAUACUGGCCAUUUUCUCUGCAAAGAUAAAUAUUACGGCAGGAAACUCUCACCGGAGGGGUUCAGGCAAACCUUGCGCCAAUUCCUGUGCAAAGGGAACCACCUCCGAACGGAUCUGCUGGAGCCCAUCAUCCUGAGGCUAAAAGCUCUGCUUUCUGUCAUUAGGAAGCAAAGCUCUUACAGGUUCUACUCCAGCUCACUUCUCAUCAUUUACGAUGGACAGGAGCACAAGGAGAACACGGCACCCUUGGAUAAUCACCUUCACUUCCAAAAAACAAACUGCACCAUGUCCCACGGCUCUCAUCACUCCAGGGUUGACGUCCGCAUGAUAGACUUUGCCCACACCACUUUUAAAGGCUCCAAAUGCAAUCACACGACUUACGACGGGCCAGACCACGGCUAUAUUUUUGGCAUGGAGAAUCUCAUCAAAAUCCUGCAGAAUAUCUCAGAAGGAAAAUGA